UUCGAUCGAGCGAGAUAAAAAAAUAAAAAAUAAAUGGGAAUAAUCUGCAGCAGUGUGCUUGUCAAGAUGGCGGAACGAACGACCCGACGUCGAAAGAAGAAAGAGAGUACAGAGUUGGAGAAACCUACCAAGGAAGAAACUGCUGUAGCUCGACACCUACGUUUCAAUCUACCAACCAAAAACACAUCCAUUGAUGGGCACAAAGUAGAGUACUUUACAGGAUCCAAGGCUGUGGACUUCCUGCUUGACUCAAAGUGGGCGUCAGGAAAAGGAAAAACAGACAUUAUCUUCACCGACAGGGAAUCGGUUGCCAACUACCUAGAUGGCCUACUGUGGAAGGGUCUUUUCUACCGAGCUUUGAAGGUCGUCAAGAAAACCAAGAAAGAGAAGGAAGAAAGCAAGAAAGAGAAGAAAUCAAAGAAGGAAAAGAAGAAGACAGAGGCUGAACCUACAGAGAAGGGUGACGAGAAAGAGAAGGAAGACACCAAAGGAGAUGGAGCAAAAGACAGUAAGGAUGGAGGGAAGGAAGAAUCUCCACCAAAGAAGAAGGAUGGAAAGAAGAAAAUCAAACUCGAACUGACCGAUGACCAGAAGUUUGUGGACGGAAACGAUGCCUUUGUCUGGGUGUAUGACCCCGUCCGACCUAUGAACUAUGUUUACGGACUUGGGCUUGUGAUCGGUGCAAUUGCAGUCUGUCUGUUUCCCUUAUGGCCGCCCUGGAUGCGAACUGGUACAUACUAUCUUUGUCUUUGUGGAGCUGGAUUCGUAGGAGCUAUCUUUGCCCUUGCUAUUAUACGACUUAUUAUAUUUGUCCUGACGUGGGGAUCGACUUUUGGCAAAAUUCACUUCUGGCUUUUCCCGAACCUCUUGGCGGAUGUCGGAAUCAAAGAAUCGUUUAUGCCCUUUUAUGAAGUUGAGUAUAUGACUAAAAAAGAAGACGAUAAGACAGAAAAAUCUAAGGACGAUUCAAACGACGAUGAGAAAGGCAGCGAGGCGACGGAAGCGGAAGACCAGUCCAACCAAGAAACAACUCAAGAUAUCGGCCAUGUUGAAAAUAUUCCAGAAAAUAUUGGUGAUACGGAAGAAAGGUAUUCUGACCAAGCAGGAACUCCGCCCGAAAAUUCUGACAUUACUGAAGAGAGAAGUGUUGAGAGCGGGGAUGCAGACGAAGUCGAUGACGAUGAGGAAGACGAUGAUGAUGAUGAUGAAGAUAACGGAGAUGACUUUGAAAUGAUCAAUGAGGAAGAAAUUUCUGAAGUAUGCGACGGAAGCGGGGGGUCACAGCAUGAAGAGGAAGAGGAAUGAAUCUGUUAUUUUUACGUUAACCUUGAUGUAAUCACAACGACCAUUCUAGUAUCUUUUAAAUGUUUGCCUUUAUUCGUGCCAUUAUGUAAGCUGUUUCCUCGAAUUGCGCAUUUCAUGUAUUUCCGUAUUGUUUGAUAGGCAUAACUUGAUCAGUGUGACUUGCGGGCAUGGGUGUGCAUUUUGAGUUUCCUCCAAUAAAAAAUCGCACCGAUUGUCAUAAUGUCGUACUUAUUCCAUAUGUCCCAUUGAGCAUCACCAAACGAUACACAGAGUGCAAAAUAAUUGAGCGCCUUUUUACAUCGACAAUCUCAAGUGCUUUACACAUGUUAUACUGAGAAAUUACCCAAUUUGUCAGAUUCACACAUCACUUACUCAGAUGUACACACAUUUUCCACUCCCUGGGUGUGGCUCUAGCAUGGUGACUCUGUGAUGCCUAUUGCAUUGACAGUGUCUGUAAGCACUUUACAAAUUAUCUUGUCGGUAAGAGUGCCCUUAACACCACGCUUUCGUGCAUUGCAUGUGUGCGAAGACGCCCUUAGCAGCACGCUUAGGGCACUCCAUAGGGUGUUUAUGCACCGAUGGGGUGUGCAAAAAUGUUAUGCAAAGGGCGUUCUUGCCAUUAUGGCAGCUACCUUAGUAACAGGGCUCAAAUUUAAAACAAGGUUCCCAUGGAAGUUGUAAUGAUGUCAAUGUUACAACAGUUGUAACUAUGAAACUAGUCUACAGGCACAGACCCUUAUUGAAACUUUGAUCAAGAAGUGGGUCUCCACACAAAGACUCCCAUACGUGUCUAAAAUUUGCUGUUUCAAUUUGAGGGCCUUCAGUACACAAUGCAUUUCAGGCUGCAAAUUUAGACUCUAAAGUAAAGUGAAGGGUUUGCAUAGUAGACUACUAUAAUUGGCCCAAGAUUUGCAAAGUGGCAAUCAAGGCCCUGUUGUAA